UCGUCCCUCCCGUCGGGACAGCGCACAGAUGAGGUGUAAACAUGUCGGUGAUGGGAGGUGGCACAAGAGGGUUUUACUUUAACACUGUUCUGUCUUUAGCUCGGUCUUUGGCCGCUCACCGCCCUGCACCAAUCGAAAAGGUCAAAAAGCUACAAUGCAUGUGUCCAGUGGAAGUGCGUGGUGUGUUUACUCUAGAUGUAAGAAGAAGAGAUGCUGUGGUGGCCUUGGGGGUCUUCCUGGUAGAGUCUGGGUUACAGCACAAAGAAAUACUUGUUCCCUAUUUACUAAGCUUACUGAAAGGGCUGCCUCAAGUUCAGUGGAUUGAAGAAAACUCCAGAAAGCAUGGAAAGGAGUUUCUCCCUGUGGCAGAGAACUUUGGAUUCUGCUUAGUGACACUUUUAGCAGAUGUUGCUCAGCGAGAUCCUCAUUUCAAGGAUGAGAUUUUGAACACAUUAAUGGAAGUUAUGCAGCUAUUGCAAGAGAUGUGCCAAACCCCCGAUAAUCAUGACAAAGUUUACCUCUGUAGGUAUGUGGUGCCAAGCCUUUUGGGCAUGACCAGGGCUUUUGGGCGCUACAGCAUCACAGAUGAAGCACUCCUGUCCAAACUGUUCCCCAAAGACUCUCCUCAGACCCAUCGUGUGAUGGAGGAGCCAGAGGGAGUACGUCGCAGAUCUUUCAAUGACUUUCGCUCCAUCCUGCCCUCCAGUCUCCUGACAGUGUGUCAGAGCGAUACACUGCGGAGACGCACAUGCACCAGCCAUGACUCCUGCUCACAGUGCCCAGAUCCUGGAGGUCAUUCUCCCUGUUCUCCCACAGCUCCUGUUUCACACUAUUUUGAAGGAGCGUACCUCUCAGAAAGCAGCACGGUGGACCCAAAUUUUUACUUCUCGACUGUCAGCUCCAGUUUCUCCAUGUCUCCUCUGUUUAUGUGCACUGAAGAACAGGAGGAGGAGGUUUCUGUGGAUCUAUUGAGGCAACUUCUGGACAUGGUUAAAAAGUUAGUUUCAGACUCUUUCCUGAAAUCGGUGGAUACCACAGUAUCUGAAGUUACAGAGUCUCAUCCUGGGAUUCAUCUUUUCUACAAAACCUUCAGUGACCCACUAUACGUAUGUGUGUUUAAAAUGCUGCGAGACACACUCAACCAUAUUAGAGCUUUGUCGGCGGCUUUUGUUCGAGAAGUGCACGACUUUGUACUGGAGCAGUUCAGCAGUAGUCAGUCGGAGCUGCAGAGGGUACUUCAUGACACCGGGGGGUUGCCAGGGGAACAGAGCCCCCUCAAGCUCCGUUGCCAAGCCAAUGCAGCCUGUGUUGACCUCAUGGUGUGGGCUGUUAAAGAUGAACAGGGAGCAGAGAAUUUGUGUACAAAGUUAUCAGAAAAACUACAGUCCAAAACCUCCAGCAAAGUCAUCAUUGCCCACAUGCCCCUCCUUAUCUGCUGUUUACAGGGAAUUGGGCGUCUGUGCGAGCGAUUUCCAGUUGUGGCAAACUCACUCACCACCUCACUUAGAGACUUUUUGGUUGUCCCUUCACCUGUUCUUAUUAAACUCUACAAGUACCACAGUCAGUACAGCACAGGUACAGGAGAAAUCCGGAUCAGUGUGACUAAUGAGUAUUCCCAGUCCACACUGAAUGUCCUAUCAAACAGAAAGGACCAACCGUCUAUGUAUGAGCAGCUCAGAGAUAUAUCCAUCGACAACAUCUGCAGAGGACUAAAGGCCGGUCUGACCAAAGAUGAUGACAUUGUUAAAGCCUUUCUUGCCAGUUUAUCCAUUCGUCUGUACAUUUCACAGGAGAAUGACAAGGAUGCACAUCUAAUACCAGACCACACCAUCCGAGCCUUGGGCCACAUCGCAGUAGCUUUGAGAGAUACACCCAAAGUCAUGGAGCACAUCCUUCAAAUCCUCCAACAAAAGUUUUGUCAGCCUCCAUCACAGUUGGAUGUCCUUAUAAUAGAUCAACUUGGCUGCAUGGUCAUCACAGGAAAUCAAUAUAUCUACCAGGAGGUGUGGAACCUUUUCCAGCAGAUUAGCGUAAAAGCUAGUUCAGUUGUUUACUCUGCUACCAAGGACUACCGGGAUCAUGGCUACAGGCACUGUUCUUUGGCAGUAAUCAAUGCUUUGGCUAAUAUUGCUGCCAACCUCCAAGGAGAGCAGCUCGUGGAUGAACUAAUGGUGAACCUUUUAGAGCUGUUUGUCCAACUGGGUUUGGAAGGGAAGAGGGCCAGUGAGAGGGCCUCCGACAAGGGGCCGGCUCUCAAGGCGUCAAGUAGCGCUGGAAAUCUUGGUGUCCUUAUUCCAGUUAUUGCUGUGUUAACCCGAAGACUUCCGCCAAUCAAAGAAGCUAAGCCCCGCCUUCAGAAGCUGUUUCGGGACUUCUGGUUGUACUCCGUGGUCAUGGGUUUUGCUGUGGAAGGCUCAGGCCUUUGGCCUGAGGAGUGGUAUGAAGGGGUGUGUGAGAUUGCAACCAAGUCUCCUCUUCUCACCUUUCCCAGCGGAGAGCCACUGCGCUCUGAACUCCAGUACAACUCUGCCCUGAAAAAUGACACAGUGACAGCGGCUGAGCUCAGUGAACUGCGGGCAACUAUCAGUAACUUACUUGAUCCGUCCCCUGAAGGAUCUGCUUAUAUUAAUAAACUAGAUUUUGCCAUGUCCACGUACUUGCUUUCAGUUUACAGACUGGAGUACAUGAGGAUGCUGCGAUCUAAUGAGCCUGACCGAUUCCAAGUCAUGUUUCGAUAUUUUGAAGACAAAGCCAUUCAGAAAGACAAAUCUGGCAUGCUGCAGUGUAUUAUAUGUGUUGGUGAUAAAGUCUUUGAUGUCUUCCUCCAAAUGAUGGCUGAAAAGGCUAAGACCAAAGAACAUGAAGAAGAACUGGAAAGACACGCUCAGUUUUUGCUGGUGAAUUUCAAUCAUACUCACAAAAGGAUACGAAGAGUAGCAGACAAGUACCUCUCCGGUCUGGCUGAAACAUUCCCCCACCUGCUUUGGAGCGGUCGUGUGUUGAAGACUAUGUUGGACAUUUUGCAGACUCUGUCACUGUCUCUUAGCGCUGACAUCCAUAAAGAUCAGCCGUACUAUGACAUUCCUGACACUCCCUACCGGAUAACUGUUCCAGACACAUACGAAGCGCGGGAGAGCAUUGUCAAGGAUUUUGCUGCUCGCUGUGGUGAGAUUUUAAAAGAGGCAAUGAAAUGGGCUCCAUCAGUUACAAAAUCCCAUCUACAAGAGUAUUUGAACAAACAUCAGAUCUGGGUGUCAGGACUGUCCCAGCACACAGGCCUCGCUAUGGCCACUGAGAGCAUUUUACAUUUUGCAGGUUACAACAGACAAAGUACAACUCUUGGGGCCGCUUUUCCUCAGAGCACACAGCUGACAGAAAGACCUGCCUGUGUGAAAAAGGACUACUCCAACUUUAUGGCUUCGCUCAACCUGCGCAAUCGCUACACAGGAGAGGUGGCAGGCAUGAUGCAGUUUGCAGAAGCGACAAAUAGUCAGUCAGAUCUUAACAAACUUAUGAUCAAUCAAAUGACAAAUGCUUUGGAUAAUAAAGACCCAGAAACUUUCACACAAGCCAUGUUCAAAAUGGCUGCUCUUCUUAUAACAUCAAAAAAGUGUGAUCCUCAGCUGCUGCAUCAUCUGUGCUGGUCUCCUUUGAAAAUGUUUACAGAGCAUGGUAUGGAAACCGCUAUCGCCUGCUGGGAGUGGCUCAUAGCUGCGCACAAUGGAACUGAAGUGCCAUUCAUGCGUGAGAUGGCUGGAGCAUGGCAGAUGACGGUAGAAAAGAAAAUGGGGUUGUUUUCUGAAGCCAAAGCAGAGGCAGGUCCUCUGGCAGUUUCUGAGGAGAGCAAACCGGCGCCUUGUGCACCUGAUGUCGUACCUCACUUCCUGUGGAUAGAGUUUUUAGUGCAAAGGUUUGAAAUCGCAAAGUACUGCAGUUCGGAUCAAGUAGAGAUUUUUAUUGCCAUGCUACAAAGAUCUCUGUCUCUGAGUGUCGGCGGUGCAAAGAGCAGCUUGAACAGGCACGUGGCUGCCAUUGGCCCAAGAUUCAGGCUCCUCACUCUAGGUUUGACUCUUCUUCACGCUGAUGUUGUGACAAAUGCCACCAUCAGAAAUGUGCUGCGAGAGAAAAUCUAUUCAACAGCGUUUGACUACUUCAGUGUCGAUCCCAAAUUUCCCACUCAGACUGACAAGAGCCUGAGAGAAGACAUCAGUAUAAUGAUUAAGUUCUAUGCCAGUCUACAGUCAGACAAAAAGUAUCUGACAGCCCACCAACUGGUCCCCCCUGAUCCUCAGGACAUGUCCAUGAGUUUGUCUGUCAUGGCAGGGGCCGACAGCCGGAGCAGUCUGGACGCAGCGGUCGGGCAGAGGCAGCAGGUGGCUCAAGGGUGGAUCAACACCUAUCCUCUGUCUUCUGGGAUGUCCACUAUCUCCAAAAAAUCAGGUUUAUCCAAGAAAAGCAAUCGGGGCUCCCAGUUGCACAAGUACUACAUGAAACGCAGAACACUGCUCCUGGCACUUCUGGCAAGUGAGAUCGAGCGGCUGACAACAUGGUACAACCCACUGUCUACUCAGGAGCUCGCCAUUACCACUGAACAAUCUGUGGAGACCAGUAUCGGUAACUGGAGAACCAAAUACAUCAGUCUGACAGAAAAACACUGGAAAGACACUGUAAACUUGGCUUGGAGCAUCUCACCUUAUCUCGCCCUUCAGUUACCUGUCAGGUUUAAAAACACAGAGGCCAUAGUGCCUGAGGUGACACGUCUCGUGAGAAUGGAUCCAGCUGCUGUAUGUGAUGUUCCUGAAGCGAUUAAGUUUUUGGUGACAUGGCACACAAUUGAUGCAGAUUCUCCAGAGUUGAGCCAUAUUCUGUGCUGGGCACCAGCAGAUCCUCCGACUGGACUGUCCUACUUCUCCUCCCAGUAUCCCCCACACCCACUGACCGCUCAGUACGGGGUCAAAGUCCUCCGUUCUUUUCCUCCGGAUGCCAUUUUAUUUUACAUUCCUCAAAUUGUUCAAGCACUUCGAUAUGACAAGAUGGGUUAUGUGCGAGAGUACAUCCUGUGGGCUGCUCAGAAGUCUCAGCUUCUUGCUCAUCAGUUCAUCUGGAACAUGAAGACCAACAUUUUCCUUGAUGAAGAGGGAAAUCAAAAAGAUCCGGACAUUGGAGAGCUGUUGGAACAGAUGGUGGAGGAGAUCACUGGCUCUUUGUCCGGCCCAGCCAAAGAUUUCUACCAACGAGAAUUUGACUUCUUCCACAAAAUCAUAAAUGUCUCAGCCAUUAUCAAGCCUUUUCCUAAGGGGGAGGAGAGGAAGCGAGCGUGCUUGGAGGCCAUGUCGCAGAUCAAAGUUCAGCCUGGGUGUUAUCUGCCCAGUAACCCCGAGGCCAUAGUUCUGGACAUAGACUACAAGUCUGGAACCCCAAUGCAAAGUGCGGCUAAAGCUCCAUAUUUGGCUAAAUUCAAAGUGAGGAGAUGUGGUGUUAGUGAGCUGGAAAAAGGAGGCCUGUCGUGCCGCUCUGACUCUAUGGAUGAAAGCAAAGGUGAUGAUGAAGCCAAGCAAACGUGUUGGCAGGCGGCCAUAUUUAAAGUGGGAGACGACUGCAGACAGGACAUGCUCGCUCUGCAGAUCAUCAGUCUGUUCAAAAACAUCUUUCAGCUUGUAGGACUGGACCUCUAUGUGUUUCCUUACAGAGUUGUGGCCACAGCCCCUGGAUGUGGAGUGAUUGAGUGCAUACCGGACUGUAAGUCUCGAGACCAGCUGGGCCGACAGACUGAUUUUGGGAUGUACGACUAUUUCAGAAACCAAUAUGGAGAUGAAUCAACACUCGCAUUUCAGAAGGCCCGGUACAACUUCAUCCGCAGUAUGGCUGCCUACAGUUUGCUGCUCUUCCUUCUGCAGAUAAAAGACAGACACAAUGGCAACAUCAUGCUGGACAGCCAGGGUCAUAUCAUCCACAUCGACUUUGGGUUCAUGUUUGAAAGUUCUCCUGGUGGAAACCUGGGCUGGGAGCCUGAUAUCAAGCUGACUGAUGAGAUGGUGAUGAUUAUGGGGGGAAAGAUGGAGGCGACACCCUUUAAGUGGUUUAUGGAGAUGUGUGUGAGGGGCUACCUGGCUGUCAGGCCAUACAUGGAUGGUGUAGUCUCCUUAGUUACGUUGAUGCUGGACACAGGUCUUCCAUGCUUCAGAGGCCAGACAAUCAAAUUACUUAAGCAACGGUUUAACCCAGGUUUGAGUGAAAAAGAGGCAGCAUCUUACAUGAUCAAAGUCAUACAGAACUGUUUCCUCAGCAGCAGGAGUAAAACUUACGACAUGCUCCAGUACUAUCACAACCAGAUCCCAUAUUAACUGUUGGUGCUUUAGCAUGUGGCCUGGCUGAUAACUGUGCACCUUGUUGUCAUUCUAAUCUGAAUCUUGUGAAAAAAGUAGUUAGUUGAAUGUUGUUUGCUUUCGCUUCCUGAUCGUCAUCCAAGUAAUAUUUUUGGAAAUUCUGACUAUUUAUUAUAUAUUUAUUACAUUGUGUUGUCCUAAUGGAUGCACUGGUAUUUUGACGUGUUCCACUGUGAAAAAAAAAUGUGCACGUUUUAUUUAUGUUCAGAAAUUAUGCCAAAUUUGCCUGUGAAAAUUUAUCGUUAAAUCUUGUUUGAAAUGUUACUGAAACUCCAAGUAGCUGAUUUGAGUUGAUUGGCUGAUGUGACCAAACUCUGUAUAUUUUUGUUAUUUGUCCUUCCUUAUUUUAUCCUAAAUUUCUCAAUGGGCCAAGGAGUUUGUAAGCCUGUGAUUUUGUUUUGUCGUAAUUGCCUGAUACUUAACACUGAGCACUUAACUAUUUAUGUAUGAGCAAAGUAUAUUUUUAUGACUCUAUAUUUGCAAUAAUCACACAGGUGUAUUUGCAUGGGUCUGACAAACUAGAGAUUGAUUGUUUUAACUUAUUUUGCAUUGCCAAAAGGAGGACUGCCAUGUUGUUUUUCAUUUGUGGAUAAGACACUAUAAUUCUGCAUUUGCACCUCUGUACCAUGUGGCCUGUUUCCAUUGUGGCUUCUGGUAAAAUAUUGGAACCCAAAGUGCUGUUCAAUGUUCUUAUUAUUAGACUUUUGCCUUGAUGAAAUGUUACUGAUUGUUCUCUCUUUGUAGGUCUAUGUUUUGUAUCUUAAAUGAGAAUGCCUAAAAUCUUAAGGAAUAAAGACUGACUUGAAAAA